AUGCUCCAUACCGACAAUGGUACCCAAUACUCUAGUCUUGCCAUGGGCGAUUUGGUUCGAUCGUGGGACGCAAUUCAUUUGUUCACCCCGCGUGGUUCUUCACCAUCUAAUGGACGCAUUGAACGAGUACACCGGUAUCUUAAUGAAUACCUCCGUACCCAUCACACCGGCAAGGGCAUGUCCUACACUACUUUCUGCGACCUCAUUCAGCAUGCGGUCUACUCAUGGAAUGUUACUAAACGCCGAGGCGUCAGUCCCCACUCUACGGUCUACACCUUCCCUGCUUCUAUGGGUAUGCAUGUACCUCGACAGUGUCGUCGUGGAUUUUCCUACGUCGAGUCCUGUGUUGUCGAUCCUCUACCGGAUAAGACGAUUCCCGCCGGGACCCGAGUAUUAGUACGUUGCCCUACUCAAGUCCCCAAACUCGACUUUCGCUGGUAUACCGCUAUCGUCAUUCGCCAAUUGAGUCCCAAUGUGUUCAUAACCAAGGCUGACGUCACUGGACACGAGGCUUCUACUCAUAGCCGGGAUAUCAAGCUCUUCCAGACUGACGACCCUCUUCCCGACACUCUUGCCCAUGCUCGUUCGGACUACCAUGGCUCCAAACGCGGUAGGAGCUCUCUCCCAAGGGAGGGGGAAUGUAGUGGAGUCCAGCGGAGCGACGCACAUAUAAGUGUCUGA